AUGUCGAGGUAUAUCCAACAAUCUGUGUGCAGGACGUUCAAUGCCUAUAGGCGGCAGUGCUUUAGCGUUUAUUCCUUUGCUCUCAAGGAAAUGACCCAUCCAAUUAAGCCGUCAGCGCAAACACUUAGACACCUGCAAUUUACCCAGAGAAUACCCUUUCAAGAAGGAUUAGAUAUACAGGAAAAUUUGGUUAGAGCUAAUUUAGAUAUCAAAGACAUUCAAUCUAAGAUUGAGAGGAAAUUGAUUCAGCUGGAUGAAGAAUACAAAGGCACUGUAAAAAUAAAUGAUAACGAAAAGAAGAUAUUAGACAAAGUUAUGGCAAUGAAACCCAAUCCGAUAAUAUUGACAUUUGAGUUUGAACCAACUUAUACUGGUGGAAAGAGAAUUAAAAAAUCUAUGACAUCGAGUCAGAUAACAGCUUAUGAAAACUUCGUUCCAGAGAGGCAAAAGGAUAAUCCAAGAGCAAAGUUUAUUCAAGUAGAAAGAGGUGGACAAGUAACAUUUCAUGGCCCAGGCCAAAUAGUUAUUUACAUUAUCCUAGAUUUGAAAACCUUCCAAAGUUUUCCUGCGAAAUGCUUAGUUUCAUGUAUUGAGCAGGCCACCAUAAAAACGUUGAAGAACACUAAGAUGGGCAACAAUACCAAUAAAACCUUGGACUUGGAUGCUCUAACAACUAAGGAAACUGGAGUGUGGGUUGAAAAUGGCGAAAAAAAAAUUGCCAGCAUUGGAAUACACGUCAGACGUUCUAUAACAUCACAUGGGGUGGCAAUAAAUGUGAAUACAGAUUUAUCGUACAUGAAUAAUUUUGAAAUGUGUGGUUUGAAAAACACUCCAACUACUUCAAUUAUGGAACAACGAUCCGAUGCUGCUGUUGAUGUGCAGAGUAUAGCUAUUAGCUUUGUUAAAGAAAUGACAAAGUUGCUGGGGAUAAAGACCUUGGAAAGAAUGCAAAUUGAUGACAUCAAUACUUUGAGGGCCAACCAAUGA